UUCUCUGUUCGCGCAUGCGCAGAGGCCUCGCGAGGCCCAUGCCGCUGCUGCCGGGAGGAGGAACCCGACCGGGGCGUCGCAGAAGAACGGCUCGCACAUCACAAUGGAAUCGGCCCCGGAGAAACCACAUGCAGAUGAGAUUACACCCACUGAUGCAGCCUCGUCCAAGGAGGUGCAGGUGAAGCUGGAGGCAGAGGAAGGUGCCCUGCCUGACAGUUCUCUCGGCAGUGAUGGGGCAGUGCCAAGCCACCCGGACUUCGACGUGGUGGGAGCCAUGGACUGGAGGGACGGUAUCGGCACGUUGCCAGGCAGCACGCUCCGCUUCCGUAUUAACGAGUUUGGCACGCUGGAGAUCGUCUCUCCCGAGGAGUCUGCGGCCAUGGAGGGCUCGUGGAACGCAGGCCAAGGCGGUCCUCCAGGCGAGGGCGUCGGUCGACCGAAGGAGGAGCCGCCGGGCGGCGCGGACGAGCUGCCAAGUAUGGAGGGUAUCUGCUGCUGCGAGCAGUGUGGGCACUACGGUACUGCUGAAGAGUUCUUCCAGGAAGGACGCUUCUGUAGCGACAAGUGCGCACGCAUCUUCACUACAGAGAAGCCAGGGCAGGUAAGCAGCGUCGACACCAGAGCCUCGGACGCCAAGAAACGCGGGCGGAAGCUGAGCCUGAACACGCGAGCCGACCCCGAGCAGAUGUCAAAUGGCGACGAUCGCCUGGAGAAGCGGGGAGACCUCAAGAUGAAGAUCAAAGUCCCCAGCCCUGUGGAGGCACCAAUCAAACUGCGCCGUCACUCUGAGGCGGCAUCGACCACCAAGAAGCGUGCGUGGACGUGGAUGCUGUACCUGGAGGAGGACAAGGGCGUCGCAGCUCCCGUGCGUCUUUUCAGAGAGUCUCAGUCGUUCCCCCAGAGCCGGAACGGGUUCAAGGUGGGGAUGCGGCUCGAAGGCAUCGACCCGAAGCAUCCGUCCCUGGUGUGCGUGCUCUCCGUGGCCGAGGUGUGUGGCUACAGAGUAAGACUCCACUUUGACGGAUACUCCGAGUGCUAUGACUUCUGGGUGAACGCCGACUCGCCCGACAUCCACCCCGUGGGCUGGUGCGAGAAGACCAACCACAAACUACAGCCACCCAAAGGUCACAAGGAAGAGGAGUUUGCGUGGCCGGCAUACCUGAAGACUGUCAAGGCACAGGCGGCGCCGCGGCAGCUCUUCAAGAAUCAGAACACGACCGUGACCCCGAUGGGGUUCCGCGUGGGCAUGAAGCUCGAGGCCGUCGACAAGAAGAAUCCGGCGCUCGUGUGCGUCGCCACCAUCACCGACGUCGUUGAUAGCCGCUUCCUCGUGCACUUCGACACGUGGGAUGACUCCUACGACUACUGGUGCGACUCUAGCAGCCCGUACAUCCACCCCGUGGGCUGGUGUCAGGAGCAUGGCCGCCCCCUCACCCCCCCACAGACUUACAGCGAAGGGAAAAAGUUCUCCUGGGAGAAAUACCUGGAGGAGAAUGGAGCGCAAGCUGCUCCUGCACGCGCCUUCAAGCAGCGGCCCAUGCACGGCUUCCAGCCAGGGAUGCGUCUUGAGGCCGUGGACCGGAGGAACCCAACUCUGGUUUGCGUCGCGACCAUCGCCAACUGCGAUGACCAUCGCAUUAAGGUUCACUUUGACGGCUGGAGCCCCGAAUACAACUACUGGCUGGACGCAGACUGCCCUGACAUCCACCCUGUGGGCUGGUGCGAGAAGACGGGACACCCCCUGCAGCUGCCCGUCAGUUCCGUGGAGCUCGUGUCGAGCCCAGGCCCUGGAGGUUGCCCCACGCCGGGCUGCAAAGGCAUUGGUCACAUUAAGGGAGCGAAGUACACGAGGCACCACAGCGCUUUUGGCUGUCCCUACUCGGAGCUGAACAUCAACAAAGAGACGUCGCUGCAGGAUCGGCUGGGGGGCGGUAGUACGAGCAGUGGUGGGGAGCGCUUCCCCGGCCCCGUGGGUCCCCCACGUCCCCGCCGUCUCGACUCCACGGGUUCCAACGGCUCCACCGAUGGCACCCGCAGCCCGGCGAGUGGCGUAGACAUUCCCGGGACGGGCAGGGGCGGCCUCGGCGCCGAGCCGGACCCCGACGACCCCGGGGCCCCGUCGGAGCCGCCCUCCCCGCCGUCCCCCGAAGACGACGCUGCCUCACCCCUGUCCAAGAAGGCGUCGCUGAUGUCGCCCUCAAGGGGGCGCAAGCCCAAGCUCUACGGCAGGGUUGGCCGUCCGCCAAAAUACUUGAAGCUCAAGCGUGAGCAGGAACUGGCACAGCAGCGUGAAGCCAAAGAGCGAGAGGAGCACUGUCUGCAGCAGACACUGCACCAGUCCGUCUUCAUGUCGGCGCUCUCGGCGCAUCCGGCGCGCGAGCUGCCGCUCGUCUGGCAGCAGCACGGCAAGCUGCUGCCAGAGGUGGCGGGGCUCACGGCGAGCCGCGUGGCGUCCUGGGGCACGGAAGAGGUGGCAAGCUUCAUCAAGACGCUGCCUGGAUGCCAGGAGCAGGCACGCAUGUUUCACGAGCAGCAAAUUGACGGGCAGGCGCUGCUGCUGCUCAACCAGACGGAUCUAGUGAGGAUCAUGAGCAUCAAGUUGGGCCCGGCGCUCAAGAUCUACAACUCCAUCCUCAUGUUCAAGAACUCGGACACCUGCGCUUAACGACCUCAUCCUCUGCCUCCUCGGUCCACCCAGCCCAGAGCAUGGCGUUACCACUUGGAACAAAACACUCGCCCCCCAAACCCACCCUACGGCACGCUCGCUCGCUCACGUGGGCCGAACACAGAAUUAUACGCUCGCCGCCUAUCGGAGUCACUGGAUUCACCGAAGCUACCGGAGCCCACGGAACUUGAUUCGCCGGGAUUUUGGUGACAUUUGGCCCAAUGCCGAGAGGCCAAGCGUGACUGCUCGUGGGAAUAAUUUGGAACAAGCCAAGGAGACAGUGGAGACCGAGUGAAGAGAAGGGAGAGCGUUGUCGAGUUGUCGAGGGUGCUACACAUCAAGACGUUUGCAUCAAACUUGUUUACAAGAGCAUACAUCCUCUAUGCUGGUUUUCACCGUAUGCAGAAUGAAAUCGGUGACUGGUUUUGCCGUGAGCGAGCGUGUGUGUGCGUGUGUACAGCAUUGCCCAUAACGGAUAGGAGGUCGCGUGCACGAUGCAUCUGUACAGUUUUCAGCAAUAAUGUAUAGCUGAGGUGUUUUGCUUUUAGAUUUUUCGAGAAUCUGUUUAAUUUCAUUUUAAGUCGGUCGUAUCCUUUACUAGUAUUCCAUUAUCACAAUAUGCAAACCGCCUAAGUGUACAAAUGCUAGUUUCCCUGUUUGCCGGUAUUUCACAAUGUACAAGUUGGGCCUUUGGGAAGUGGAAUCGGCCUUGCUGCGAUUGUUACGUGCGACGUUUGAGAUUUGUACAACAAAAACGAAUUACAAUUCAUAGCUUUUGCACUUCUAAGUAUUGUACAGUUAAGAGGUUUCCAACCUUUCUAGGAUUGCACACCUUUCUUUAUAGGUGCUCUGAGAAUCAUCUUGGGACCCCUUAUUUAUCCUUUGGUGACCCUGUUCCCGAGUAUGAUCUGUGUUCCCCUCGGGUUCCACCAACCUCUGCUUGAGAAUCCCUGCAUUGAUGACAGCAACGUUGGUGUCCGCAUUAUGCGUCGCUAACGAUGAUUCCAGUUCACUCAUUAAAAUUGAUUAUGCUCGUGGUACAAGAAUAAAAUCAUGUGUCUCAGAAUUAUUUUCAGUUCUUGUGGUAAUAGGGUCACAUGACCUCUGCAGCCAAUAGGGGGUGCUGCACUUACGUCAACAAAUCGUUCCUCGCCCUCUUCUCCCGAUUCGUGCACCAGAAUUUGACGAUUCAUGGAAAUGCGGGGUGUGGGUUGGUUUGCAUCGUUAUGCACAUGGGUGCCGCGGUGUUCUUGAAUUAUGCGACUAAAUGAGCAUGAGGCCUGGUUCGGUGGAGGAAGCUGGUGGGGUGGGGGGGGGGGUGACCCUGGGGAGCCGAGCUCGUGGCUCCCUGCUCAUCAUUUUAUUUCUUUAUUUAAUGUAAAUCGCUGCCCUUUGCAAAUGGUAUUACGGCAGAAAUAUAAACCCGUCCCGUGUUCGCGUAUCGCCUCCAGGUGCGUUUUCACCGGCCGCUGCCACUGCUGCUGCACGGAUUACAAAUCUACCUAAACAAAACACGACAAAGGUCACCGUGCUUGACCAUUUGCUUCCCUGCCUAUGCUCUCCCCAAAUUAUUUUCAGUCUCCCAUUUACCCAUCACAACUUUCCUGGCUUCCGGUUGACUGCACCCGUUGUCUUUUCAAAUCCCUUACACUCGCCUUCAAUUCUCUCCAUGGCCUUGCUCCCCUCCUCAUCUCGCCUCCAUCAUCUCUUUUUAUGUCCCCUCUCUUCGUUCACCAUCUUCUCUGUUUCUCUGUCCCUCCUGUUACUUGGCCACUGGUGCUGGUGAGACAAAGGUGGCCGUUUUCGAUCUUUCUCACUCUUUGCACCCCUCCACUGGAAUCAACUUCCCCUGCACAUUAAGCAGUCCCCCUCCUUCACCUCAUUUGAUUCCUCUCGUAAUGUUCACCUUUUCUUUUAUUACCAAUUCCUCCGCUCACCCCUCCACUCCUGUGCCCUUUUGUGACCCCUAUAUCCCCUCUGUUACCGUCACUCAUUCCAUGGCCCUUGCACGUCCACAACAUCUAAAUCACUCAUUUUCUUACAGCUUUUUAACGAUGUAUAUCGGCUUGAGCUAAGAUGCUCGAUAAAUAUAAAAUAAGAUAAUUCACAUUCGCUGUUGGAAUUUGCGCAUAAAACUGAUGCUAGUGGGGUCUCGGAACAGACAGGGUGUUGUUUUCACGUGUUCUCUGCUACUCGCAGGGAACAAGAUCCACCUCCGCUUUUGUGGUGGGCCCACAAUACUCGGGGGGGGGGGGGGCUCUCACUUGUGGGCCAAAUUUCAUCCAGUGUUAGGGUCUGUGUUGACCGAUGGCAGCCAAUGCUGGGUCAAUGAAAUCCACUUACCGGUAGUGAUGUAUAUUGAGCCAUUGUAGUGCAGUGAAUGCGUCUUGACCAAAAUCGACCGUCGCUGGCCCAACACUGGCCCUGGUGCGGUCGCUGUGUCGACGUGGUGGAUCCCGCUGGUGCGCGCGGGAGUCGCGGGCUGUGUGCCUGCUUUCGCGACCCUCCGAGCCUCUUAAUCAAAACCCUCUCGUAUACAUGGUGCUAAGGAGCGCGACGGACGGUUGUAUAGGCGACGUGGCGGUUGUGACCUGGUGGUGGAUCUGUCUUUGCAUUAAAUAACGAUGAUGGCAAGUGUUGGUUUACGUGUGGGUUAUGCUCCCGAUAGAUUUUUUCUUAAAUUCUCUUGUGAUUUUGUAACAAAAGAGCAGACAGAAUAGUAACAAUAACUUGAAAACUGGAUUAUUUUCAAAGAUAUACAGUCCAUGGGUUCACAGUUUGUGUUUCAAACCAUGUUUAUUUCAUUAAAACCGUUUGAAAAAUGAA